CAGAGCCCAAGUCCGUAGACAGACUGAAGAGAGAGUGAAGAGAGAAAGAAAAAGAGAGUGGGAACAGAAAGGAGAAGGGAAGAAAACCUCCUGAAAAAACCCGGGGAGAGGUACCUCUGCAGAGAGGCGGCAGCUGUCCGGCUCACCUGCGGAAGCGCCUUGGAAGCGAGCGCCCUUAACAUGCGGCUUCCGCUGCUCAUGUCCGCGGGCCUUCUGCUGGUGGCUCUGCUGCCCUGCCCGCCAUGCCGGGCCCUCCUCAGCCGGGGGCCCGCCUCCGGCGCCCGCCAGGCGCCGCAGUACUCCCAGCCCCUGGAUUUCUUCCAGCCGCAGCCGCAGCCCGAGCAGCCCCAGCAGCCUCAGCCUCGGCCAGUCCUGCUCCGCAUGGGGGAAGAAUACUUCCUCCGCCUGGGGAACCUCAACCAGAGUCCCGCUGCUCCCGUCUCGCCCACCUCCUCACCCCUCGCCGGUGGCAGCCGCCGCUCGCGGGACAAGGCGGCCGCCAACUUUUUCCGCGCGUUGCGGCAGCAGCUGCCGCUGCCCCGGCGCUCGCUCAACAGCCCCGCGGGUCCCGGGGAGCGCGGCGCAGAGAGCACCUUGGGCGGCCACCAGGAGGCACCGGAGAGGAAGAGGCGGUCGGAGGAGGCUCCCAUCUCGCUGGAUCUCACCUUCCACCUCCUCCGAGAAGUCCUGGACAUCGCCAAGGCUGAGCAGUUAGCCCAGCAAGCUCACAGCAACAGGAAACUGAUGGAGAUUAUUGGGAAAUAGAAACGGUCCGUGCGGCCAAAGAGAUUCUGCAUUUAGCACAAAAA